AUGGCUAAAUAUAUAAUAUUAAUUUCAAUUUUUUUUGCUUUUAUAAUAAAAAUAAUUUUAUCAUGUGUUGGGUUUAAUUGCCAGCCAUAUUCUAACACUGCCACGAUAACAUAUCAGGUUGAACCUUCUCCAUCAUUAACAUAUAACACAAAUGUUACUCGUGUAAGUGGUCAAUAUCCUACAGCUUCAUCAUUAGCUGGAAAUCUUGUAAAUAUUGCAAGUAAUACUAUUAAUGAAGCAAUAAAUCAGUUAAAUCCUUAUUUUUCUCCAUUUGUUUCACAUAGAGUUUUAGUUAAUCAAUUUGGUUUACUUAAUGCAGAUAUAGUUCCACAAACAUGCCCAGAUAACAAUCAAAGAACAAUUGCUGCUGCUGGAACAUAUUAUGUAUUAAAUAACAUAGUUAUGCAACGAGUUCAACCACAAAAUUGUUCAAAUGGAGUUGUACAGCCAGUUCCAUCAACUCCUGCAUUAUCUACUAUUACUUAUACAAUAAAUUUCAGUAUAGUUACUGGUCAAGUUUUGUGUUUAACUCAUUGGAAUACAAUAUCUAAUGCUAUACAAAGAAGCAUUGCUUCAUCAACAGGAUCAAAUUUUCUAGGAAGUGGUAUAAUUGAAAGAGUAUGA